AGCUUGACCAAAAUAAUGAAUCCAAUAUUACUAGUGAGAUUCAGUAUUUGAUCGAGCAAUUGCCUCUUGACCAACCCAUGAGUGCAAAUGAGUAUGUAAUUGCUGAUAAUAACCUGAUUACUACUGAAAUGCCUAAUGAUAAGGAGAUAAUCGAAGCUGUAAAGAAUCAAGAAUGUAUUAAACUAGAAGAAGAUGAAGUUACAAGUAAACCAAUAUCCUUCAUACAAGCUUUAGAGUUUAUUAAUAGGAUCUUAUUGUUUCUUGAGCAGCAACCAGAUGGAGCCUUUCAA